UACGUAAUGACAUACGAUCAAAAAGCAACGGGCUGGUUUGCUCGAUAAGGACUCCCCGAGCUUUGAAUUUAAUUAGUUCUGCUAAAAGCAUCAAAGCCAUUUUGACAUUAAGUAGCAAAUCGCCAGUCGCAGCGAAAGAAGAUGUAGAAUGUGUUUCUCCUGACAGAAGAUUGUUCUGUGAGAAUAACAUGAUCAUCCAGGCACACCGAAUGGAUCACCACACAAAGUUUGUACUUUCCACUUCUCUUUUGUCUGCAUCUUACAGGAGAUCUGUGACUUCGGGACCUGUCCGUGAUCGUCAGCGCCGACUCCAUCAAUUGGCGCGUUGCUCUGGAUGAGCUCGGAGUUUGCUUUACUCCCGUUGCCAUACCGCAUAUUUUGGAAUAUUGUAAUAUGUAACUGUAUUACGAAAGUCGCUCUUAAAUUUGUAUUGACAUGUUCAGUAAUUUAUCAGACAUCAACAGAUGACUUGGAUCCAUCGAACAGACACAUCGUACUCGGUGUCAAGUCUUUAUUGGGAACAGUCUCGUACGAAACCGAUUUUCAUUUAGGCGCGUCCCGUGAGAAUACACGGAGCAAGUAAGCGAAAUGCAAAAUUGGGCCGAGCAGAAAUGCGAGUCUGCGCCCGGCCGCACCGCUACGGCUUUCGUCGAGAGCGUCUCCAAGCGCUGGUCAGCAGCAGCUCUCCAGCGGUCACUCGGGCGUCCAGAGGCUCGAACCCGGAAGGGAGGCCCGCCGCCCGAGCGGCACGGCGACAUACGCGUCCUUAUUGACGCAGACCUGUAGGUACCCGUGUUCCUAGGGCUCUGGUUAAUGGAGCGGAGGCUUGGCUGCAAAGUGGGUCAAUUACAUCCAAGCCUUACAUUGUGGCAAAUAAUAUGACCAAAACGCGUCAUUGUAGCAGCUGCACACAGUUACGGCGCAGAACCGCCAGCUGACUUUUAAACACCACGUGCUGUCGAGGGAGUCGCUUUCGCUCAGCGGUCCGUGUCGACGACGACGACGCCGCGAUAGGGGCGCAGGUCCGGUCGGUCCGUCGGUCGGUCGCGCGCGCGCGCUGUGGACACGACGCGUGCCUCACGACACGAGCCGCGCGGCUCCUCUCGCUCCUCACUCGUGACGUGUCUCUGCUCGCGGCCGCCUGGCUUUCUUCACCCUCAGUCUGUACACGGAACGUGCUGCAGGUGUUCCAGAAAGACACUUUUACUGCUCUCGCGCGAACACUUCUGGAAAGUUCUGUUCGGCUCCUCGGUGACGUUUCCAUCUAGACUCGUUAGCGGCUCUCAGUCUCCUCGAGACUCCAUGUCAGUUUACGCGCUGAUGUCACACAACGUGUGUCACUUCUGUCCGGUUCUGUUCGUGCCUUCCGCCCCCCCCCCGAUAAAUCGUGUCGCGACGAUCCGUUUCGACCUGGAGGGGGGCGGUGGAGUGGACUGGGGGUAAAAACGAUCGUUCCUCCUGUGUGAUGGAACCGCGUGAGUGAGUGAGCGAGUGAGCGAGCGCGCGGGGCGCACGAGGCGGGAGGCGGCCGCUCUGUCACAGGCUGCUGUCUACAUUAACCUUUCAAUUAGCCGGCUGCUCGUUAUCGGCGCGAGCUGCCGUGUCGUGUCGUGUCGCGUCGCUCGCGUGCGUCCCGCGUAACCCACGCGCGCAGCCCUCAACCUUCACCCCACCCCCACCGGUCCGCGCGACCCACGAGUCUCCGGACGGAUUUUUUUCUCUCUCACCCCCCCCUCCGUCUCGACCGCCGCGAUCGCGAAGAGGAGGAGAGACAGAAACGGAACGGGGGCGAAGAGAGAAACUUGACGAGGUAACGCGCUCGCUGGCGGCUGCUGCUGCUGCUCCUCCGUAGUCCGAGGGACAGACAUUCGUUUCCCCUCCUUUUUCUCCCGCUAUUUGGACGGACGGACGGGCGGACGGACUGAUGCUGCGCGCUCCAUCAUUCGGGACAUGCCAUGGCAUUGAGUCCGGAAUAAAACUGCGCUGGGAUGAGCGGUUCGGAGCGAGACGCCCAAUUGAGGUGUGGCUUGAAUCACGAAGGAAUUUCAACAAAUUUGUUUUUGCUGGGUGAUGACAGUCCAAUUCCUUGAGGAGAUUGUUCAGAUAUAAUAUAUGUUCUGCAACUCAGCUUUACUUGCUGACUCUUCCUGGGAUUUACAAGAAUGAUCAGUGCUAUGUUUAAUCAUUUAUUUUUGCGGUCCUUUCCACGAAAUGGAUGCAAUUAAUUCGUAAUGAGAAAAGCAGAAUCUCUAUGGAUCACUUCUGCCUAGCGCAACGUAUUCAGCCAUGGUAAAACUUGCAAACCCACUAUAUACGGAGUGGAUUCUGGAAGCAAUACAAAAGAUUAAGAGGCAAAAGCAGAGACCUUCUGAAGAGAGAAUUUGUCAUGCGGUGUCAACAUCACAUGGAUUGGACAAGGAGACCGUUUUGGAACAGUUGGAAUUAAGUGUUCAUGAUGGCUCCGUUCUUAAGGUGACAAAUAAGGGAUGCGCUUCUUACAAAGACCCGGAUAACCCAGGGAGAAUAGCUUCUCUCAAAUCUGGAGGCUUUUCCGUGUCCCUGAAAGGAGCGGCUUGGGGCUCGAGUGAUCUGCGACAUGUGGAUUGGAAUAAGAUCCUGAAGAGAGCCAUCGAGGCUCUGGGCGAUCCCGGUGGCUCUUCUCUGAGGAACAUCGAGAGGUUCCUUAGGAAGCAAGAGGACCUUUCGAACUUUGUUGCUAAUCCCAGGUUCCAGCAGCGGCUGCGGCUCGCGGCCAAACGUGCGGUCAACAGUGGGAGGCUGCAGAAGAGCGGGCCGCUCUACCGGCUGGGCUAUGGGAGCGCGGAAGGAAGAGGAACAUCCAGGGCUACCAGAACAUCUCCAUCGUUGCUUCCACACGAGAAGGACCAGCCUCGCGCCGACCCGAUCCCCAUAUGCAGCUUCUGCCUGGGCACGAAAGAGUCGAACCGGGAGAAGAAGCCGGAGGAGCUGCUGUCCUGUGCCGACUGCGGGAGCAGCGGGCAUCCGACCUGUCUGAAGUUUUCCCCGGAGCUCACGUCGAAUGUAAAGUCGCUGCGGUGGCAAUGCAUCGAAUGCAAAACGUGUAGCUCCUGUCAAGUGCAGGGGAAGAAUGCCGAUGAUAUGCUGUUCUGCGAUUCGUGUGAUCGGGGAUUCCAUAUGGAGUGUUGCGACCCACCGCUUUCAAGAAUGCCAAAAGGAAUGUGGAUCUGCCAAGUCUGUAGGCCAAAGGAAAAGAGAAAACGAUUGCUGCAUAAGAGAGCUGCCCAGAUCAAACGUCGAUAUGCAAAACCGUUGGGAAGACCCAAAAAUAAGCCCAAACAGUGUACCAUGUCUGUAAGCAGUGGAAGAGGUUCCAUGAUAGCACUGGCUGGAAGGGGGUCGCCUGGUAGGGGUCAAAAGAUUACCAUGUGUACCGCACGUUCAUCUGGUCAUGCCGCAUCUGUGACGGACGCAAGAAACAGGGAGCUGGCCGUUUCAGACCCCUGUUGGGCUGACGACACCACCACCAAAUUCACCACCUCCACUCCCACCCCCACCCCCACCACCACCCCCACGUGUUUCAGGUCCGCAUCCACCUCCCCCAAACUCACCGUUAACAAGAAAACCAAAGGUCUUAUCGACGGGCUCUCGAAAUUUUUCACGCCGUCACCGGUGGGCCGAAGGCCGCGAGGCGAAGCAUUAGGCCCCCAGCGUCCUGCGAGGAAGCGGGGCCCCCGGAGACCCUCGCGCACCCCUCGUUCCCACGCGGCGACCGCGGGCACAGCUCCGAAGCUGUCCGCCCCCCUCUGCGCACCUCUGGCCGCUACGCCGUUACCUGGACACAGCCCCGCUUCGCAGAAAUCCAGCGGCUCUGCCUCGGCCCACUCCCCGCAGAGCUCUUCCAGCCAGUCUAGCGCGCCCUCCUUUAGCAGCCUCUCCAAUAACAGCCAGCUUAAGGGACUUUUCGAUGGACUCUCUCACAUCUAUGCCACUCAGGGACACUCUCGGAAAAAGGGACUCCCUAGCUACGCGCCGCCCAAGCGUGCGCGCCGUAAGCCGGAUUUGUCUUCCACGCCUAAAUCCUGUCCCCAGCUCCAUGGGAAGAAAGACGUUAAGGGUAGGCUGGCGCCCCACCCUGCCGCCCCCUCGGGGUGGGGCAUGCCAAGAGGACGCCCGUUUAAGGCGGUUGGCCAUUUCAGACGAACGUCCUUCCUCAGAAAGCACAGGAUGCUAGGCAGGUUAACGCAUAAAGUGCCCCCUCAGAAGGGCACCCCCCGGCCGGGGAAAGGGAGCGUGCGGGAUGGAAGAAAUAAACCUGAGCGCAAUCAUGACAACGAAAGCAUCCAAAAGGUAAAGCAGGAGACGUCGGAAUCGAGCGUGGCUGUUUCGAAGCAGCACGUCUCACAAGAGGAUGUGGAGAUCUUCAGGAAAGUGCAGGAGCUCUCGAUGCAGAAAACCGGUUGCGCAAACAGUGCGGGUUCCGCCCGCUACCCUGCGCUCAUUGACUUCGGAAAAUACGAAAUACAGACCUGGUACUCGUCGCCGUAUCCGCCCGAAUAUUCAAGAUUACGAAAGCUUUACAUUUGUGAGUUCUGCCUCAAGUAUAUGAGAAGCAAGAAUAUUCUCCAGCGACAUUCGAAGAAGUGUGGAUGGUUUCACCCACCUGCAAAUGAAAUAUAUCGAAAGAAUGACUUAUCUGUUUUCGAGGUUGAUGGAAAUAUAAGCAAAAUAUUCUGCCAAAACCUCUGCUUGUUGGCCAAACUCUUUCUGGACCACAAGACGCUCUACUAUGACGUUGAGCCUUUCCUUUUCUACAUACUGACAAAAAACGAUGAGAAGGGAUGUCAUCUUGUAGGAUACUUCUCCAAGGAGAAGCUGUGCCAGCAGAAGUACAACGUCUCCUGCAUAAUGAUCAUGCCUCAGUACCAGCGGCAGGGCUUUGGCAGGUUCCUCAUUGACUUCAGUUACCUACUGUCGAGGCUGGAAGGACAAGCCGGCUCCCCCGAGAAGCCCCUGUCGGAUCUGGGCCGCUUAUCCUACUCGGCAUAUUGGAAAAGUGUCGUACUGGAGUACCUUUAUAACCACCCAGAUAAACACGUCAGUAUUAAGGGAAUAAGCAGGACUACUGGGAUGUGUCCGCACGACAUUGCCUCAACUCUGCAGCAGCUCAAUAUGAUUGACAGGCGGGAUGGCAGGUUUGUGAUAAUGAGGAGGGACAAGGUGCUGCAAAAGCACGUGGAGAGGCUGAAGGCAAACCCCCGACGGUACGAGGCCGACCCCGAUUGUCUCCGGUGGUCUCCCGUCACAACCUUCACCGCGGUGCUCUCCGAGGAGGAGCGCGACGCCGAGAUGGACGUUGAACUGAUGGAACACACCAGCUGCUGGGAGAAGGAAGAGCGAGAGCGUUACUCGCCAACGCGCACCAGCCGGCCGCCGCCGCCCGCAAAGACGCGGUGCAAGAACUCGCGUCGGGAGUCUCCAGACCGCUUCGCGGGUGCGGCCGAGGGACCCGUCCGGGAGAGCGAGGAGUACAGCGAGGAAGAUGAGGACUCGGACGGUUUGCCUCCCAUCCUCACGAAAGCCCAGGCUGUUCUCGGCGCCAAGAGGAAGAGACCUGUCCUUCGACGCAAGAGGGGACGCAAGAGGAGGCGGAUCAACAGCAGCGUCACUACAGAAACCAUCUCCGAAACCACCGAGGUGCUCAACGAGCCGUUUGAGAACUCGGAGGAUGAGAGGCCCAUGCCCCUCUUAGAGCGCACGGGCAGAGAGGGAGAGACCGAGGAAGAGGAAGAGCAGGAGGAGCCCGAGCUGGUCAAGAGAGUCGAUUCGCGGCGCUGGAGCCGACUGAGACCUGGGACAGACGAGAAAGACAAUCGGAAAUACCAAAGGGGGGAUGCAGAGGAAGUUGGCGGCAAAGCUGUAAGAAAAGAUGACAAUCCUCGGCCUGCGAAGCGCAAAAAAGGCUGGCCCAAAGGGGUGAAAAGGGGUCCACCAAAAUGGAGGCUCAAGAGGGAGAGGAAGAUGGGCAUUAAACUGAAUCUUUACACUCCUCCUGAAACGCCCAUGGAGGCUGAUCACCAGAUUCCCACUGAAGAUCCAACAGAGAAUCAGGAGGAAGCUCCUGCCAUCACCGAGGAGGACGGCGAGGUUGCGAAAGACGCGGAGCCUCUGGACGCAGAACCAGACGAAACGUUGUGCGGGUCCCAGGGUCCGAGGCUGUCGACGCCCAAGAAGCAGGAUGAGCUUGCCGACAAACCACCGGUUUGCCAUCCGCAAGACCCUUUGAGCCAGGAGGGGCCGGACUCGAUGGCCGCCGAACAGGAUGAAGCCAGAUGUGUGAGAGAAGAGCGGGAGUGUUGUGCAGGAACGGACGAGCUUGAGGAAGAUGAGGAGGAGGAGCCGGUGCCUUUGGAGGACCACGAUGCUGACGAUGAAGACGACGGUCACGUCGAUUCCACCGAGCUGGAGAAAGAGAGCAAAGUUCAGGAACCCUUGAAAGAGCAGGCGGACCAUACCGAACCUUUUUUAGAUUCAAAGAAACUAGCCUGCGAGGAACAAAGUCGGGCGGAUCUGUCGCCGAGCUGCGACCGAGAGCUCCCCCCGCCUGCCGGGCAGGACAUUCGUGAGGAUGCGGGCAACUCGGAGUGUGCUGCCGACUCGGAGUCCGACGAAGACCACGGUGACGGACUAGAGCAGAAGGAGAGCAGGCCUCUGAGCCCAGAUGUCAGAGAGAGCCCUUCGUUCUGCCCUGAGGUCGACACCGAGACCGUGCAGGCCGUGCAGUCCCUCACCCAGGAGGCUGAGCAGCAUGACCAGGAGAGUCACGACCAGGAGAGUCACUUCCAGGACUGUGUGGAGACACAGGAGGCUUGCCGGAGCCUGCAGAGAUACGCGCACAUAGACCAAAGCCCCCAGAUGGCCCCGCUGGACGACUGUCAGCAGUCCAACCACAGUAGCCCCAUGUCUUCGGUCCAUUCCCAUCCCAGCCAGUCCGUCCGUUCGGUCAGCAGCCCGGCCGUCUCCGUCUUGGAGAGCGGCUAUGCGCAGAUCAGCCCCGAGCAGAGUGCCAUCUCGAUGCCGUCUCUGCAGAACAUGGAGACGAGCCCCAUGAUGGACGUGCCCUCUGUGUCGGACCAUUCGCAACAGCUCGUAGACAGCGGCUUCAGCGACCUCGGCAGCAUCGAGAGCACGACGGAGAAUUACGAGAACCCGAGCAGCUACGAUUCGACCCUCGGGGGCAGCAUUUGCGGGACAAACUCCUCCCAGAGUAGCUGCUCCUACAGCAACAUCUCCUCCAGCGGUCUCUCGCAGAGCAGCUGCGCUGUGACCCAGCAGAUGGCCGGCAUCAACGGGAGCUGCAGUAUGAUUCAACAGAACAGCAUGAGCUCUCCGCAGAGCUGCAGGGUCAAGUCCCCCCAGGGCUGUAUUGUGGAAAGACCCCCGAGCAGCAGCCAGCACAGUCAGCACAGUCAGCACAGCCAGCAUAGCCAGCACAGCCAGCACAGCCAGCAGCAGCUCCCACAGUGCGCUAUGCCCACCACGUUCUCCUCGCCGAUGCAGCUAGCCGAAAUUUCAGACGCAGGCAACCCGAACCUCGGCAUCUACGAGCGAAUGAGUCAGGGCGACUACGGCGGCAGGCACUACCCCCAGUCGUCAGCCACGUUCAGCCUGGCGAAGCUGCAGCAGCUCACCAACACGCUCAUGGAGCACCCGCUGCCCUUCGGCCACUCGUCCUCACCCAUCACGUCCUAUGCAAACAACGGCACCCUCUCGUCUCAGCUUGGCAACCCCGGCCUCGUGUCUCUCUCGCAGUCUCCUCACGCGGUCCCGGGGGGCCACCAAGCGCAGGCCACCAUGACCCCUCCCCCCAACCUCACUCCUCCACCGAUGAUGCUGCAGCGCAACAUGGCGUCGUCGAACAUGGGCAUCCCGUCCUCCCAGCGACUGCAGACGCAGAUGGCGGCCAAGAGCCACAUAGCCAUGCGUUCCAAGUCCGUCCCCCUGUCGCAUCACCAACAACAGAUGUACGGACGGCCGCCCCAAGCUGUGCCCAUGCAGGCCCCUGCCCGGACGCUGGCGAUGCCACGCAUGAACAUGGGGGUGAACCUCAUGCCCGCGCCGACCUACAACGUGAACUCCAUGAACAUGAACAUGGCCCCGCUCAAUGCCAUGAAUGGGUACAGGAUGACGCAGCCCAUGAUGAACAGCAGCUACCACAGCAACCACGCCUACAUGAACCAGUCCCCACAAUACUCUAUGCAGAUGGGCAUGAUGGGGACGCAACCAUAUGCCCAGCAGCCCAUGCAGGCCCCGCCCCACGGCAACAUGAUGUACACCCCAGCAAGCCACCACGGCUAUAUGAACGCGGGCAUGUCCAAGCAGUCUUUAAAUGGAUCUUUCAUGAGACGAUAGUGUCGUCGUUAACGUACUGAGCGCGUACUAUCUUGACAUGCCCACCUUUGCUUGGAAUAUGUUUUUUGUUUUGUUUUUUCCUGCUGUUUGUUUGUAGUUGUCGCUGUUUCUUGGUUACUCUACGAAAAACCAGCACUUAAGAAUGCAAAAAAAAUUUUUUUUUUUUUUUUCCAACAAAAAUUCUGAGUUUUUUUUUUUUUCCCUCCUAUUUUUGGGAAGCCUUACUUAAAGAUAAUGAAAGAUUCAUUUGAUUGGUGUCUUUUUUUCCCCUUUCUUCUUUUUCUUUCUCUUCUUUUUUUGAGUGGAUCUGAUGGUGGUGAUGGGCUUCAGCGAGAAGAGGCUCCAGCACUGGCUUCGCUUUGCUGACGUGGAGCCUCCGACGUGGAGCCAUUUAAUGUGCCUGCGACGAAUUGUAAACGUAUUAGAGCCUUUUCAGUCUACCUGUCCAACAGUACUGAAAUUUACUUUGUACCAUACUUUCUGCCUUUCUGUGUUUAAAUUAUUAUUAUUUUUUAUUCUUUAUUUUUGGUAAAGUGACACUUAGCAUGCGAUGAUGUCUUCAUUAGUGACAGUGCAUUAAGUAGUACUGUACAAGUGUUGUGCUUUAUAGCAAGCCAUUUUAAAAAUGUAUGGCCUUCAUUAGAUUUCCCUGUAACGGGAGAAAGAUUAUACUAUAUUUUUGUUAAUUCUAAUACUGUACAAAUUGUAAACUUAGUUCUGUUUUUGGUUAAGUUUGAAAGGUUUUAUUGCUAAAUGUGUAUAAUUCUGAACUUUUUGUAACAGAUUUCCUUAAAAGGAGGCAGCUUUCUGUUUUAUAAUGCAGACUGAUUUCUGUCUAAAUAAUGAAGCAUAUCUCAGUGUUUGUACCCAAAAAAGCUCUAAAACAUUUUGAAGUACACAUCGGGAAAUGUGGUGGAAUUUUAAAAAUAAUAAUAAUGAUGAUGAUGAUUGAUGGUUAAUAAAGUAAAUUUAGUCCAAAGUUGUAUUUUAUGAAAAUGCCUUUAAAUUUACAUUUUCAUUCCAUCUGUAGAUUUGUUUUCUAUCUUUAUAAGAUGUUGGAUUUAUAUUUUACAAAGUGUAGAGCGGUAGCCUGUGAAUAGACCAAAUUAAGCUAAAAAAUCGCAUGUAAAAAAGCAAAUUGUACUUGUGUCUGUUAAUAUUGCUUUUUUGUAGCCUUUGUACCUGUACAGAGUGGCUGGUAGGAAUGAGAGGGGAGCCCUGCUUAUGUGUACAAAAUAAUACAGAACGACAGUCUUGUAUUUAUGAAUUAUCUUAGUCACUUAAAAAUGCUGUACAUUUUAGCAUAAAAUAAAUUAUGAUGAACCA